AUGCAUUCUCUGAAGCAAACUGUAGAUCUCCUUGCCUCACUUGGCUCUCCUGUCUCCGUUGAAGACAUGACUGACCAUGUCUUGCGUGGUCUCGACGACGGCUACAGAGCUGUCAUUGAUGGCGUCAAUGCAAGGGACACUGCCAUUCUUUUUGAUGACCUCCUCGAGAAGCUUCUCAUUCAAGAAAUCUCCCUUGUUGUUGCUCAACGGCAGGUUCCUACUCCCAUGACAGCCUUGAAUGCACAGGCACGACCCAACUCGGUCUGGGCAAUUUUCUGCAUCAUCCACUUCACGCCCUGGCAAUCGCAAACCGUUUCUUGGUCGCUGUCAGUGGUGCAAUGUCAAGGGUCAUGUUCUGUCUCAGUGUCACACCUUCAAACAGCAGCACCCUGUGGAGCGACGCAUCACGUCACCAAUGAUCUUGCCAAUCUAGCGCUUCAUCAUCUGUACACGGGUCCAGACUCACUGUUUAUGGGUAACGGUUCAGGUUACUCGGCUGAUCAACAUGCAUACUUGUGUCUCAAUCCAACCACUGGAAGGAUCUACACCUCUCGCCAUGUCAAAACCACUAAGAGUGUCAUUGAAGCACGUGCAGUAGCAUGGGAGGAAGCUGAGAAGGCCAAGUAUAUGGCCAAGUCAGUUCAUACUGAUUAUUGA